CGUGACGUAGGAGGAAGAAGACGCCAUUAGGGGGAGCGGGGCCAGCCGCAGCGGGGAGCGUUGUGGCUCUGGGCGUCUCUCUGCCGUCCCCGGGCCUUAGCGGUACCGUCCCGCCUGCUCCUCGCUUCCGCCCGGCGAGUGCCCCUUCCGCUCCCCCGCGCGUCCCAUCCCUGAGGGCGGCGGCGCGGGUGGUGGUGGCGGCGGCGCGCCGCGGCGCGGACCGUUGAUGUGAGGCGGCAGCGGCCCGGCUGGUCUCGGCGGGGCGCGGAUGGCGGCGGGGGCAGGCGCGGCGGCCGGGGGCCGCAGUUUCUCCUUCAAGGUGGUGCUGCUCGGGGAGGGCUGCGUGGGGAAAACCUCCCUGGUGCUGCGCUACUGCGAGAACAAGUUCAACGACAAGCACAUCACCACCCUGCAGGCAUCUUUUCUUACAAAGAAGCUAAAUAUCGGUGGGAAAAGAGUAAACCUUGCAAUAUGGGAUACAGCUGGUCAAGAAAGAUUUCACGCAUUGGGGCCAAUAUACUACAGGGAUUCUAAUGGCGCUAUUCUAGUAUAUGAUAUAACAGAUGAAGACUCCUUUCAAAAGGUAAAAAACUGGGUUAAGGAAUUAAGAAAAAUGUUGGGAAAUGAAAUCUGUUUAUGUAUAGUAGGUAACAAAAUAGACUUGGAGAAAGAGAGACAUGUUUCAGUGCAAGAAGCAGAAACGUAUGCUGAAUCGGUUGGAGCAAAACAUUAUCACACUUCAGCUAAACAGAACAAAGGAAUUGAAGAACUGUUUCUUGACCUUUGUAAAAGAAUGAUAGAAACUGCUCAAGUGGAUGAAAGAGCAAGAGGCAAUGGUUCCAGUCAGUCAGGAAUAGCAAGGCGAGGUGUACAGAUUAUUGAUGAUGAGCCACAAGUACAGAGCAGUGGAGGGUGCUGUUCUUCUGGAUAACUAUAAAACUGUGCAUCACUGCCCUCUCAAUAUGAAGACUGCCAUAUUCCAAGUCACACAUUCUUUACCAAUGGAGUAAUAGAAUUAACAGUAUUUAAAAAUAAUCACAUGUAACACUGCAGAGACCUUAAGUGCUAAACUAGUGGCGUCUGUGACCAGAGAAUUGGCAUUUUCUACAGUGGUUAACAAAGCAAUUACCAAUGGCCUUUUUACAUAUUUUUCUUUAAUGAGGAAUAAUAUGCAUGUAGAAAAGACCUACUUAAAGGCUUCAUUUAUAUUCUUUUAAAUCAGAUCAUUAUUUAAUAACUUAUAUACAUUGUUGUUGGAAUGGUAUACGUUUUUUGCAGCUCUUUGUAUUUUGUGGUAGAUUGAAUUGUAUCACUUCUAAAAUGCAAAUUGUUUUUUUUUUUUAAAUUAGCAGAUAUCUGGAGUAAUAUUUUUGCAGGGCCUUCACAAGCCUGUAACUGUCAACUACUUUGAUAUAUUCUGUUCAUCCUGUAUGCCAAGCUGGUAAAAUACAUUGUAAAUUACAUAUUAAAUAUUUUAUCUGCUUUUACAAUUGCAGGUGCAGAAAUAUGUACAUCAGUCUUGUCAGUGAUUGUGAAGUGAAUAAGUCAGUGAAAGAUGCAGGCUUUUCAUGUGUACUGUUGAAUUGCUCAUUCUAUUCCCCCUACCUAAAACCAGCUUUUUUGGUACAUUCAUAGCUGCAGCAUUUUUUUUAAAGCCUUUUCCGGCAAGCAGCGGUAUUUAGAGUAUCCCCUCAGUGGGAAGAGAAUGCUUCCUUAGACUGCUGUUUAACAUUGAGGUGUUUGACUCCCAGCUAAAACAGCUGGUGCAUGCGUAUAUCUUGCCUCUGCAGUUAUUUUGGCCUCUCAGAAUAUCCCCAGAAUGUCAACUCAACUUGAGCCCUCAUCUAUCUGGUAGCCAGUAAACCAGAUGCAUGGGAAACUCUUAAGCUGCGUUAACACAUUUGUGUCCCAAGACAGCAUUAUAAAGUAUUGAUGAGCAUAUUUUUUCCCCCUGUAUUGCAGGGCUUGAGUAAACAAAGGAAUUGGCAUUAACUAGAACUGGUACUGAUUUGGAGUGAUUAAAUUGAAGUUAUGAAACUUGCCAGAUGUAACUUUGGGGAUACUAGACAGAACUGAACUUACUCCUGACUUGCUCUUUCUCUUGUAAAGUAUUUUGAAGCCCACUUAAGUUUUGGGAGGAGGGUUUUCAGCAAAAUAUGUAUAAACUACUAUCACAAAAGAACAAAAAUGGUGGUAGCUGAAACUUCAAAAUGUUUUGUGCUCGGACUUUUUUUUUUUUUUUACUUAAGUUGUCAUGCUUGGAAAAAAAGUAAAGGUGAUGUCUAUGACAAAAUAGAAUAUUCCUUGGCCUUCCUUUUUCUGAAGGGUAGAUGAAUAUGGAUGUAUUGAAUGGUGUGGGUAUGUUCCAGUUCACAAAAGGAGUAGUAGUAACUAAUCACUCUGACGUGUAAAGAGAAGUCUGCUGUCUUCAAUCCCGUUUUUAUUUUCUCUGAAAUAAUAGAUGGCUUUGAUACAGA